CGCUCCAUACCCUCCUACCCAACUCUUAUCACUUUCCAGUUUCCCCCAGUUCAUCUCUCUCUCUCUCUCUCUCUCUCUCUCUCUACAGACCAAUCGAAGAGAAAAGAUGAGAGAGAUCCUCCACAUCCAAGGCGGCCAGUGCGGCAACCAGAUCGGCGCCAAGUUCUGGGAGGUGGUGUGCGCGGAGCACGGGAUCGACUCCACCGGCCGCUACAACGGCGACUCCGACCUCCAGCUUGAGCGGGUCAACGUCUACUACAACGAGGCCAGCUGCGGCCGCUUCGUCCCCCGGGCCAUCCUCAUGGACCUCGAGCCCGGCACCAUGGACAGCGUCCGCUCCGGCCCUUACGGCCAGAUCUUCCGCCCCGAUAACUUCGUGUUUGGCCAGUCCGGCGCCGGUAAUAACUGGGCCAAGGGUCACUACACCGAGGGCGCUGAGCUCAUCGACUCCGUGCUCGAUGUCGUUCGCAAAGAGGCUGAAAAUUGUGACUGCCUCCAAGGGUUUCAGGUGUGCCAUUCUUUGGGAGGAGGGACAGGGUCGGGAAUGGGGACACUGUUGAUAUCGAAGAUAAGGGAGGAGUAUCCGGACCGAAUGAUGCUGACUUUCUCUGUGUUUCCAUCGCCGAAGGUGUCCGACACCGUGGUGGAACCAUACAAUGCUACACUCUCCGUCCACCAGCUCGUUGAGAAUGCCGAUGAGUGUAUGGUUUUGGACAAUGAGGCUCUCUAUGACAUCUGCUUCCGUACUCUGAAGCUUACUACUCCCAGCUUUGGAGAUUUGAACCACUUGAUUUCUGCCACCAUGAGUGGUGUCACUUGUUGCCUUCGCUUUCCCGGUCAACUCAACUCAGACCUUCGCAAGCUUGCAGUCAACCUCAUCCCAUUCCCACGACUCCACUUCUUCAUGGUUGGCUUUGCACCGCUCACAUCCCGUGGGUCCCAGCAAUAUCGUGCUCUCACCGUCCCUGAACUCACCCAACAGAUGUGGGACUCCAAGAACAUGAUGUGUGCUGCUGAUCCCCGCCACGGCCGCUACCUCACGGCAUCAGCCAUGUUCCGUGGCAAGAUGAGCACGAAAGAGGUAGACGAACAGAUGAUAAAUGUACAGAACAAGAACUCAUCGUACUUUGUUGAGUGGAUCCCCAACAAUGUAAAAUCAACUGUUUGUGACAUCCCACCGACAGGUCUUAAAAUAGCUUCAACGUUUAUUGGGAACUCUACUUCCAUCCAAGAGAUGUUUAGGAGAGUGAGUGAGCAGUUCACUGCCAUGUUCCGUAGGAAGGCUUUCUUGCAUUGGUACACAGGGGAAGGGAUGGACGAGAUGGAGUUUACAGAGGCAGAGAGUAAUAUGAACGAUUUGGUAUCCGAGUAUCAGCAGUAUCAGGAUGCGACUGCUGACGAAGAAGGGGAGUAUGAGGACGAAGAGGAGUAUCAGGAGGAGGAGGCUUGAGACCGUUACAUUUGAACUAGGGUCGUUUGGUCGAUGGGAUUUAAUUUUUUUGCAUUUUGUUUAAAUGUUUCUACUAUUUCGGAUUGCUUUGAAUCAAUGUUGGAUACUUUGGAUUGGAUCCAGUCUCUGGAUCUGCCUUUUCCUUCAGCUUUGCCAUUCGCAAUGAGUCAUCGAAUUGUUUCGUUGUUCUCGUUAGCAAUUACCUGAAUUUAAGCAGCACACAUUUUGUUGUUGAA